CGAAAGCAACAAUGCCCGAAUUCACCGGUCUCCAACAUAACGAAGAACGCCCCCAUAUCCUAAUAGUCGGAACAACCGAUUCUAACAGUUCUUCACCCCUCAACAACAAAAAUUUCACUUAUAACAUCCCUUCAAACACUUGGUGGCCAUGGUGCGACUACUGGAAAGACCCCCAAAACAUCCUUUUCCAACUCGCCAACAUGUGCUUCGUAUUGGCUUACUCCUCCACGUGCUCGAAAAAAGGGGUGCUUUUCAUGCACUGUUGGCUGAUUUUAGGUUUGAUGCUGUUUUCGGCCUGGGCUUGGAACAUUAUUUGCGCCCCUGAUGUGUUCACCUGGAAUUUCGCCUUCAUGUUGAUGAAUAUGGCCCAAGUUUUCCAUAUUUUGUACCAAUUGAGACCCGUGAAGUUUGACCCAGAACUGGAAGAGGCCUACCACGCGCUCUUUGAACCCUUCAAACUUUCUAGACUUCAAUACAAGCGAAUGGUGAGUGCGGAAUUCGCCCAAAUCAUGUCGCUGCACGCCGGUGAGGCUUACGCAGUCCAAAAUUUGACCCGAACCGAUCGGUUGGGCUUACUGCUUUCAGGGAAAGUGAACGUCUUGUCCGACAACCAGUUUUUGCACCCGAUUCUCCCAUGCGAGUUUCUCGAUUCGCCCGAAUUCGAAUCGAGCAGAAACACCGUCGAUGAUAAAUUCAAAGUGUCGAUCGUCGCUGCGAGCACUUGUCGAUACUUGUAUUGGCAAAGGUCCGCUCUUGAGUACCUUUUCGUCAAGGACACCUACGUGGCCACUGUUUUGACGACUCUUAUUGCUCGCGAUAUUGCCACAAAACUCUACGCGAUGAAUAAUAAAAUUGUCACGGCAAAAGGGUCACAUCUUGAUAUCAGAUUGCCGAGUAUCACGUCGUCGUUGACGUCGAGUGGAGAGUACAAAUCGCCGAUUCGGACCAAGAAGAGCGAAGGGAUGUCUCCUUUGUCUCCUGGUACUUUUUCGAAUGAUAGCAGGUAUCGGUCGUACGAGAAAUUUAAGGAAAAUGGUACUUUGAACCAUAAUUUUUUGAGUGAAAUGGAACCACUCACUGAGCUUCCCUCAAACGAUGAUCUUACGUCGAAUGAUGUCGAAAGCUGGCUAGAAACCAGCUCCAAGUACCACAGCUGUGAAAUUGUAGAUAAAAGCAUGGAAGUUCCCUUGAUCCAGUCGAGGACACACGUGUCCAACCGAGUCAUCAAAACAAACCUGAAAAAAACAAUGAAAAAUUUCACUUAUCUCCCGGAAAACACGACCUGGGGCGAGUUCUACAACCUGACCAACACCUCCGACUACGACUACGAAUUCCAGACGUUUAACAGUACAGGUCCGGAGUCGACUUCAUGGGCCCUUUGCAAGGAGUGGACCCCAGCCCAACACCCGCUUUUCCAGACGGCGAACUUCUUCUUCGCCGCUGCGUUUCUAGUGCCUGGGAGUUUCAAGCAGAGUGUCCUCAUCGUCAGGGCGCUUCUCUCCAUCGGUUAUUUUUUUCUGACGCUUUGGGGCGGUGUGGAGGUUUGCGCCCCCGAUAUCCUCCUCUGGAACUCCCUUCUGGUGAUCCUCAAUCUCACACAUACUGUUCUACUGGCCUGGAAGUUUCUCCCACCAACUCUCACACUAGAAUUAACCGAUUUGUACCUCAAAGUCUUCAAGCCGUUGCGAGUCAGUCGCAAACACUUUAAAGAACUUGUGAGGGAAGCCACGGUGAUGACUCUCGAAUGCGGGGAUAUUUACGCCGUUGAGGAUGUUAGUCCCGCUGAUGAAAGACUGUCGAUUUUGCUCAAGGGAAAGUUGCGUGUAACUUGCGAUGACACUCAUUUACAUUUCAUAAACGUGCAUCAAUUUGUGGACUCCCCGGAGUGGGAAUCGAACCAUGAACAAUCCGACGAUGUUUUCCAAGUGACCAUAACUGCUGAGGAAGACAGUGUUUAUUUGUGUUGGCCGAGGAUGAAACUAGAGCGUGUUUUAAGACACCGACCGGUCCUUAAGGUUGUUCUAGACUCAAUUAUUGGUAAAGACAUAACCCAGAAACUCUACGCUUUGAAUGAGCACCUCACUGGACUCAACGACGAGCGAAAACGGGGCAAAAGAGACGAAAUGUGGGCAAAAGCCCACAAUAGAAGCAUGUCAAUGGACGCUGUCAAUACCGGAACCACCGGAUUGGUCCGGUCGCACGCAUAUCGGACCUCGCACCGGAAAAAUUCACUAACGUCAGAGGUGGGUUCGAUAGGUCAGCUUCAAAAUCAGUGUUGGGUUCCUUUGGUAGCGAAACAAUUUCCGGCGAGUUCUCCCUUCACUGCAAACAAGACACCGUCACUGAAAAUUCCAGAGGUUCACAAUCGUUCGCUUCGUCGCAAAGAAAAAGACAAAGAAGUCAAAUUCGAAAAUGCACCGAUUUAAAAGUUUUUGUGUUAAUCCAUGUUUCGUUUGCACGUUUUUGCUUGAAAAUGUGACCACAAAAUUGUGCCUUUGGUGCGCAUAUAAAGGAGAAAGAAACGGUUUUUAUUUCAAGCACGCAUUCAACCAAAUUAUCAGUGAAUUCCACUAUUUGCCUUCCAAUCAAAAAAUGAGUCAAAAAUUUUAACCACUGACGGGGUUUGCUACGAAUGUUUAUAAACUGCUGUAAUAUAUUAUGAAUGUUAGCGAUAUUUAUAUGUGUACAUAUUU